AUGGCGGAUCCCGUCAAGCUUCGUCGUCUCCUGAUCUCCUCCGCCCCGAUACUCUACUUCAUCCUCUGCUCCUCAAUCCUCUUCCUCCUCCCACCCUCUCCCAAUCUCCCUCAUAAACAACCCCCGCCGCCGCUCGUGCUUCCGCCCGGCGUCCACCCCACAGCCGCCAAGAUCGCUCAGGCUCUCCACUCCCGAGGCAACUACUCCGCCAUGAUCCCAGAUCUCGUAUCCCAAUUCGACCCGGGCUGCCUCCGCGGCGGCGCCGCCCUCACCAUCUUCGUCCCGACGGACCGCUCCGAAUACCACGUGUGCGGGUCGGAGCGGCCCGGGUUCCGGGUCGUGCGGUCCCGGGUGGACCGGGCGGCAUUCGGGUCGUCGCUCACAAACGGGUCGGUGCUGGAAACGUGCGACGGCGGGGGCGAGAUUCGGGUCGUGGAAUUGACGUCGGCGGCGGAGAUAAGGUACCUGCACAACAGGGUCGUGGAUUGGAAUCUGUACGACGGCGGCGACGACGGUGGGCAGGUGGUCGUGCACGGGAUCGACGGGCAGCUGGGAUCCGACACGCCGGUGGCGGCGGUCGGGAGGUUUGCCGUCUCGGGUCUGGUGAAGCAGAGGAGGGAGGACGCCGCCGGCGAUGAGUUUGAGAAACGUUGCCGGGGAUCGUGGAUGGAUAUAGUAUUGCCGCCGAGGACGACGGACAUGUACAGGGAGGUGUUUAUCCGGAGAGUGGACGGCCUCCCAAUCCCGGUGUUGGGGUGGUAA